UCUUUUAACACGUUUAGUUCGAAAUGAAAUAUUAUACAUAUAUUUACGCUAUCACUGCGUUCUCGCAAAUCUACUUGUGCGAUGUAGUAUUGGGGCGAACCCUCCGUUCGGAGCGGAGUGUAACAGCAGAUGGAGCCCUGAAGCCCCUCCGCCUUUCUCGACUGUCACCAUCAAAUUAUGACGGAAAGCGCGCUCGUCUAACAAAUCCGAAAGAAUCGUCGUCGCAUAUUCUGAAAGGCGUCGUAAGCGGUAGAUUGGUCCAGCCACAAACCAAUGUCCAGCGGUAUCAACUUUAUCAGCAACGACAGCGGCGGCAGCAGCAACAACCACAGCAACCGCAAACACUGCAAAAAAUAAUAGGUAUUAAAACGCGAAUUCCAAGAUAUGAUCAGCAAAUUAUUCAAGCAGAGCAGCUGCAACUACGCCACCAGCAUAAACCAAAUCGUCAGCUAAGUGGACAAAAUAACAAUGCGCACUUUGAAAAUCAUCGAAAUUAUGAAGAGCAUGGCAAAAGGAAUCCAGACUUAAACGGGCGUCACGUUCAAAUUGAGAGUAUGCAUAAUUAUGAUAUCAUUUACAAAGUGAGUAAAGAGAAUAGCUCUAUUCGUAAUUUUGCCAAUAAUAGCGGUGGAGAUGAUAUCAGUUUGCCACGUGAUAACCCAGAGCCUGCAAUCACAGACGCCAAAAAACUAACAACGACAUUUACCAAGGAAGCAGCAACAACAAAACCAGCAAAUAUAGCUAUGAAGCUCGUUGCUUUAACUGAUUCGCAGCAGUCAGCAAUCCAAGUUACGCCAACUUUAGUCAAACAGCUGGCCAAUAUGUCAAUAUUAUCGACAUGGUCAGCCUCAUUCCAUCACUUACCUGCUUUACAAAAAACUCGACUUGAAGACGCUUCAUCGGAAGUGGAUGCUAAUCACGUAACGCCGAUAGCUUUUGAUAGAACAUUUCGAAACCGCAGGAGUAUACCUGAAAACCCAUUUCUACUUAAUUAUAUGGGGCAAAAUCAUUUUAACGAACAGAAAACUUCCUCUAACACUAAUGCAUACGCACAAAGCCCAAGUCCUCAUUUUCCCUCACAUGUUCAAAACUCCACUGAAAAAAGUCACUUCAACCAAAAUCCAUUUUUACAAAAACACAUACCGUCGACGACACGUACGACCACUUCAACUACAACUCAACGUACUCUGAUGCCAGAAACUACUCACAGAGCCCCAACACUAAAUCCAGAUUUGAGGCAACUAAUUAAAAAUGGCGCAAUCAUAUUUCCCGAUUCUCAAUACCUUACACCAACACUAGCUCCUUCGCGCGAGCAACAAACGAUCGACAUAAGAAGACGUUAGUUAGAUGUAGUUUGAAUGUACAUUAGGGCGGGUAAAUUUUUAUGGGAGAAUUUGGCGAAGAAACCAUAGGUCUAAAGACAAUUACGAGUUUGCCAAAUUGCGCAACGUUUUAUUUCGCUGUAGUAUCCUGAAGAAGUGUUCAAAUUUCUUUAAAACAUGCUACAAGGAGGUUUUUGGUAUGAUAAAUCCAUUUCUGGACUCAUUUUUGUUGUUAAACGUCCGCCAAAGAAUGCAGCAUAUCGUCGCUUGACGCACAAUACCUCAUAUCCGCCAAAUGUAAUACCAAGUACAAGAUAGUCCGAAAAUUUCACAAAAGAGCGAAGAAACUUACUUUUUUCAAAACUUUUGAGUAAUUUCCUAACUAAACUUACUAAAUAUGAGCUUCUAUUACGUAUAAUUAUACACUAUUAAAUUUGUGAAGGUGAGAAGCAUUGAGACAGGGUAAUCAAAAUAAUAAUACCGUAAUACGAGGUAUUGCGCGCCAAGCGACGAUAUAGUAUAGUCGCACAAUGCGUGAGCGGGAGAAACGAUCGUAAAAGGGAAAGUUCAGUUACGUCUGAGUGAGCGGCGUUUAGGAUUUGUAGUAUUGUAUGCAGGUGUAAAGUUGCUACGUAGCAAUCUAAAAUGCUACAAAACGUGAACGCCCCUAUUGUAAUAUAAUAAUUUUUAAUUCCAAAACAAUGCUUUAAGAAAAAGGUUUAGUCCAUAAAUGGAUAUAUCAUACAAAAACCGCCUUAUAGCAAGUUUACAAAAAUUCAAACACUUCUACACUACUACAGCAAAAUAAAACGCUGCUGAAGAAAGAUACCUAUUUUCGGAAUUUUGCAAGCUCGAAAUUUAUUUUAGAUCCAAAACAAAAAUUUGCUCGACCUUUUGCUGAAAGGCGAAUAAAAGCUCUGAGUACAUUUUUAGUGCAUAAUUUAAAAAAUGACAAAUUUUGGGUUGUGUCACUUUUGAAGAUUAUAAAUUAGGGUGGUUCAAAAGGAAAAUCAACUUUUUAGCAAUUUUCCCGCUGCCACUCCCAAAACUAACAUAUAUCGAAAAUUGCUUCGUAGAAUUGAUAUAAAACCUUAAAAAAUAUUUGUUUUUUCGAAUGAAUAAGAAUAUUUCCUAAAAAAAUAGCACAUUUUUUUAUAUACAAGAUAGAACUAUCGGUUUGAUAUUCCUUAGUUCUGUGAGACGGCUAAAAACAAUAAACCUUGAACCACCCUAAUAUUACAUUCAGCAGGUGUAAAAAUGAAGUGGUCAGCGUAGGCUUAGAAAAAUAAGAUUAAGCCAUUGCCGCUAUUCUUAAAUAUAAGCUUUCUGUUUGCAUAUCUUAAAUCAGUGGUAUAUUACAUAGAUAUGGCUUGUGCUAAGUUUUAGGCAUUUAAUUUGCAAAGAAACAUACCUACGGUGACCAGAUUUCUGGGGACAAAAAUCGGGACAUUUUUAAAGCUUCGAACAUCAUCUAAAUAAUACAGUUUUAUUUAAAAUAAAAUAAAGAGAAAAAACUUUAAAAAUUAUCUCAAAAAUUUAUACACGCAGUAUAAAUCUACAGUUUACGCAUGUAUGCGCGUUUUUCAA